UCGUACAAUGCGAAAAGGGAAGUUGAAAGAAGUGGGAGAGCGAGAUCGCUGAGCCUUAUGAAAUCUAACGUUUCAGCAGCUGGUUGGAUACUCGACACACUGUGAACAUACGUUGAAGUACUGCAAAUACUGUCCUGGAGAUACCUUUACCAUUAACUACGCUCCUGUUUUUGAUAGGUGUUUUUCUACAGUUUUUCACAUCCCGGGGACGAGACCAGACAGUGUGACAUGGCAAGUAGAGGCGGAGCCACGCGACCCAAUGGGCCAAACGCAGGCAACAAGAUUUGCCAGUUCAAACUCGUGCUUUUAGGAGAGUCCGCGGUGGGAAAGUCAAGCCUUGUACUUCGUUUCGUUAAGGGUCAGUUUCAUGAAUUCCAAGAGAGCACAAUUGGAGCUGCCUUCCUGACUCAGACGGUAUGUUUGGACGACACAACAGUCAAGUUUGAGAUCUGGGACACGGCCGGUCAGGAGCGCUACCACAGUCUGGCUCCCAUGUACUACAGAGGUGCACAGGCAGCCAUCGUGGUCUAUGAUAUUACAAAUGAGGAGUCAUUUGUACGGGCAAAGAAUUGGGUUAAAGAGCUUCAGAGACAAGCCAGUCCAAAUAUCGUAAUAGCCCUGGCUGGGAACAAGGCUGAUCUCGCAAACAAGAGAGCACUGGACUUCCAGGAUGCACAGUCAUACGCAGAUGACAACAGCUUGCUUUUCAUGGAAACAUCAGCGAAGACCUCUAUGAAUGUGAAUGAGAUUUUCAUGGCCAUUGCAAAGAAACUACCCAAGAAUGAGCCUCAAGUGACCGGAGCCAGCACCGGACGGAACCGGGGAGUGGACCUGACAGAGACUGCUCAGCCCACCAGCCGCCCAUGCUGCGCUAACUAACCCAGCUCUUCCUGCUCAUGCUCCCCACACAAAUGCACUCUCCUCCUUCUGGCUCCUCCCUUCCUUCUCACCUGAACAACAUCUGGACAUCGGGCUUCUUGGCUUUCUGACGUCAGACCUGACUUCAACCUCACUCCCCUGGAAUAGCUAAAAGACUCUGUAUAGCUGCAUUUCUAAUACUUUUUUUUUUUUUUUUUGAUGUUCUCUCUCUUUUUUCUUUUUUUUUUUAAACUUUUUUUAAGAAGUGUAUAUCAGUAUAAUGGAUGCAUGUAUCACUACAACGCCUAAAGGAAAAAAAAAAAGACAAAAAAAGAAAAACACAUUUUUAUCUCAUAUUCACUUGGAAGACUAACCCUGGUUAAGAAAGAUGAGCGAGCGAAAAACCCGUGAGCGUGUGAUUAUGUUUUGUAUGAGUUUCUGAUGAGAAGGUGUUGCCACUUGGCAGGGUCGGCUUCUUGUUGCCCGUGUGUGUGUGUGUGUGUGUGUGUGUGUGUGUGCGCGUGUGCGCGUAUGUGUGUUAAUCUUUUCUUUUUGGUUGGGUUUUUUUUUUUUUUUUUUUUUUUCUGUGCUCACUAUUUGGAAAAAAACAAAUUGUCCCCAUCUUGAGGUGCCUGGAUUCUCAGACUUUGUUGUGAGCCACUUGGGUGUCUCAGUGGUGCCAGGAAAUGAUUAUCGUGCAAACCAACAACCCUUCCCUCCCUCUUCACAUCUGUUACACAAGAAGAUGCAUCCCUCCAGGACUUCAUUUAGGGGAGACUGUGGAAAAUAAAUUUGGGUACUGUUUGGUGUUUGAAUAAAUUCUAGCAUGAAGAAGAAGAAGGAAAAAAGAAACUGUCUUUAUAAACAUGUGACUCCUGAGUAUGUGCAACCAUGCAUAGAGCAACGCUUGUCAGAUUUCUGUACAUCAUACCCAACAACAAGCCUUCGUGGUGCCGAAAAUGUGGAGUUUGACCUAAAAUUUGACCUAAAGAAGGCUCUUAUGUUGUCAUCACAGUGUCAUAGUAAAAACUUGGAGUGACAUAGAGAGAGAAAUCAACAGGAAACCGUAAGAGUGCCGAACAUUCUGUUUUGCAAAGACUUGAAUGUAUGACUAGCGAUAUGUUUAAACUUUCAGCUUAUCUAACCUGCUCUGUUUCCAUUCAGGCCAGUAGUCAACCUGCAUCAGUUUGGGUAAUGUAGAUGAAUGGAGGGGCGUGGUUUUAAAAAUUCAGACAGCAUACAAACAGAAAAUUGGACUAUCACCCCAUGUCACGAGUCUGUGGGGGGGAAAAAACGAAAAACUCUAAUGUUGUUAUAGGGUGCAAUGUCGCAAUGUUGUCUUCUUCCUUUAGUACAGCUUGCAGAGCUCGCAAGCUCACCAGGAAAUUUAUCUAGAGAUGCCGAACAAUUGUACAGUUCAGUAUAGGUCUGCAUUUUUUUUUCUUCUUUUAUUUACAUUCUAGACCUUGUCACAAACUGGUCAAAUGUUAAGCAGUGGUGGUCUUUUUAGGUGUAUGUAGUGUUAUUAACAAAAUCCCUCUCUGGUGUCUUGUUACUUUUCUCAGAAAUGGUCCAUGGUCGUGUUUGAAAGGAACUUUUAUUGCAUUGCACAGUGUUGAUCAUGUUUUAAUUAUUGAUGACUGCCCUUCGAUUUUAUAUGAUGGACUGUAUUGGACUUGCUAACCUUAUGGCUAUAAGGAAGUAGCAUAAUUAACCUAACUGGUGGUCUCUCUUACAGCUCAAUGAAUUUUAAUGAUGUAAAAACAGCAUUACUAGUGAUGGGCUGAUCAUUUUGAGUGUCUGAAUACAACUUAAUAAAUCCAAUAAAGAGGUCUGUUGUACAGCU